UCUGAUGCCCUCUUGCUGCCAUUGCUGCUUCUGCGCUGGGAGUUCUCUUUUUCACUUGAAUGUGUCUCUUCUCCAGGGCUGAGGACGCUCUUUGUAUUGGUAGGCAGCCUGAACUUGUUCCUUUCAGUCCUGGCCAGUAAAAGCAGGAAUUCUAAAAAGCAAUGAUUAUUUCUCCUGGUUCCUUUGUAUAGAGCCCUGUAAAUAGUUUAUUUGGAUUUGAGGGGAUAGAGACUGACAAACAUAUUGAAUCUCUCAGUAACCUGGCGAAUUCUGUGUUCAAAACUUCAAUGCAGUGGAAAGAGAAAUGCUUCUUUGAAAUCAGAGAAGACUUUCAGUGAUCCGAGAGCUCAGGCGUGAGGCUGGAAACAGACCACAACAAGAAGGUUUUUUGUUUGUUUUUUUUAUGGCACGUAAAGGUUACCCUUGAGGUUCCCACAUCCACAUCCUUUACAAAUGUAGCUGGGAUAUUGAGACAACUAGUUCUGGAGCUGGAAAACACUGGGACAGGUCCGAGCUGGGGCGCUUCCCGAGUCCCUCCUGUCACACUCAAUACCUGGGAUAAACAAAGAAAAUUGUGUUUGCCAGUCUCGCUAGCUAAAGUCACCAGAUUCCGAGUAUCAUGCGGCACUCUGGAAUUCCUACAAACACUCAUCAGCAGGGGUACGCUGCCCGCUACGCAGGAACGGCCGUGCGUCGGACUUUCCAGAUAAAAACAUUCAGUACAGAGCUGAAAAACCAUGUGAUGGUCAUGGAUUUUGUGAAGAGUAACUGGUUUCCCUCCCAGAGAAGAGCCAAAGUUUCUAUCAUCCAUAUGUGUCAAGGCUUGAAGACGGCUGAGCAGACAGCCAGCAGAUAUGAGAUCCACAGUCGACUCUUCUCAUCCCCCAAAGAUCAUUCAGCCUGGGAAAGAAAUGAAAGUCUUUCGAAUGCAGGCCAGGCCUCGAGGAGCAUGUUGAAUAAAAGUGGUUGUGCUGGGCAUGGUGGAUUACGGGACAACUACCACAGUACAAGCAAUCAAAUUGCCCUUAAAAAUCUCCAGUCUGAUGUUACAGAGGCGAAAUCUGACUUCACCAAGGAGACCCUGGCAUCACAAAACACAAAAAUGAUUUCAUCCAUGGUAAUGUCCCAGAUGAUUGAUGAGAGUAAGUCAAGAGAAAACAGGGCCUCCUUGCCCCUGCAGUGUGCGAUGGCUCAGUCUCGCGGACGUCACACCAAGCCAUCUCUGGCUAAUCGCAGUGGAGUCAGCAUUCACAGAGCGUUUCCGUUCCUUCCGGGCACAUUAGGAAUCCCAACACCGUCAGAUGAGCUAGGACCUGGGACGGAACUGCCACCCAAAGAGGAGAGCCCCUGUGAGGGCCCCCACAGAGGUUUUGCGUCCAUCACCAUCACGGCCAGGCGCGUGGGCACCCCAGCCAGCGCCCUGGUGUGGGGGACUGUUGGGGACUCUCUGUGUCCCAAGUGCAGGGCUGAGGACACUCUGUUCCGGGCACCCCCAGCUCUGGCCAAUGGCCCCCAUCCAGGCCGGCACCGGAGAGCUUUUGCCUGCACAGAGUUCUCCAGAAACAGCUCAGAGGUGCGGCUGAAGGUUCCUGAGGCCCCCACAGGGUUGUGUGAGAGACGCGAGGCCUGGGUCACCCAUGCGGAUGACAAAGAGACCAAUUUUUCUCCAGACACGCCACUGUCAGGAAAGAGCCCGCUGGUGUUCAGUUCCUGUGUCCACCUCAGGGUGUCUCAGCAGUGUCCAACUUCCAUCUAUUACGUAGACAAGUCUCUCUCCAUUCCUUUUGAGCAACCUCAAAUUGCCAGCCCCAAAAUGCACAGAUCCGUCCUGUCGCUCAACCUCAAUUGUAGUUCCCACAGAUUAACAGCAGAUGGAGUAGAUGGCAUAGUGAACGGAGAGCCAAUAAGCACAGCCCCAAAGCAAGAGCUCGAGGAGGGAGACCAGGACCUCCUAGGCCAGCGCUGGAACCCAGGUUUACAAGAAAGUCACUUGAAGGAAGCCCCAUCAUUGGGGCGGGUGCAUUUGGGGACCGGCACAUGUUCUUGGAGUGAUUCUUUUCCAUUGGAAAACGCGGAAUUUGCAGACAUGGGAACUAACCAGGUUACUGUAAGAAAAGGGAUAAAGGAUCAUGAGGCUCAUUGUCAUGCCAGCGGUCAUGCCAACCAACUGUCCAUUCACAUUCCUGGCUGGAGUUACAGAGCAGUACACACAAAAGUAUUUUCUGGAAGCGACAAGAGGCAACCGGGAGAAGCAUGCCUGACUCUGUCUGCUCCUCCAGUGGAACAGAAGCCCACUAAACAUUUCCUUCCCUUUGGGGAUCGCUCUCCAAGCGAUGACUGUCUGUCUAGAGACCUUUCUGAGCCCACUGAGAGACGACGUCAAAGCUUCCUGAAACCCAGAAUCCCUUUUCCUGGGUUUCUUUGCCCCUUACAAGAUGUAUGUGCAUCUCCGCAGGAAGACAAUGGCGUUCAGAUAGAAAGCAAGUUCCCCCAAGGAGAUUACACAUGCUGUGACUUGGUUGUAAAAAUAAAGGAAUGGAAGAAGAGUGAGGACCCCGCCACACCUGAGCCCUCCCCAGCAGCACCCUCGCCAGCACACCCCGAGGGAGCAGGGAGCCCUGGCCUGUCUGAAGACUGUUCGGAGCCUCAGCAAAUGCCUGCGAGAUCCUUGACCUUGCAAGAAGCCCUGGAAGUUCGUAAGCCUCAGUUCAUUUCUCGCUCACAAGAACGGCUGAAAAAGCUCGAACACAUGGUCCAGCAGAGGAAAGCCCAGAAGGCUGACCUGAGGCAGAAGCAGAGCCUCCUUCCCGUCCGCACCAGCAAGAAGCAGUUCACGAUUCCCCAUCCAUCCAGUGAUAACUUGUUUAAACCCAAAGAACGGUACAUUUCAGAGAAGGAGAUGCAUAUGCGAUCUAAGAGAAUCUAUAAUAACUUGCCGGAAGUUAAAAAGAAGAAAGAAGAACAAAGGAAAAGGGUGAUCUUACAAAGUAACAGACUCCGUGCCGAAGUCUUCAAAAAGCAAUUACUGGACCAACUCCUUCAAAGGAAUGCGGUCUAGCCGCAGGCUGCCCUGCCGACCGCACUACCUGGACCUGGGAGGACUUCACAUGCCGGACACGCCAUUAAACUUAGCAUUAUCUUCAUGAUAGAAAAACACUUAUUUUAUUUUUGAUUUUUUUUUUUCCAUAAAAGAAGACAUCACUUCCUGAAUUACUACCCAAGCCAAACAGAAACAAUAAUCCUCGAGGAAACUGGUCAACAAUCUGCUGUGGGGAAACCCCCCUCGAUGUAACCCACUAGAUACGGUCUCCUUCAUGUUUUUGCUUCUGAUUUCUUCUCCCCUGCUGUUUCCUGCCAAUGAGACAGGCCUUAUACAAGCGAGUUUGCUUAGAUCCCUGGGAAAUAUUUUACAUCAAACUCUUGGGAUCCAAAUCCAUCUCCUUUUAAGUACUAAUCCCAACACCUGCCAGUUAUGCAAAUACCAAAAUGUGGGUCAUCAUUUUGUAUAUUUUAAAACUUUCUGAUCUUGUGCACCACCCAACGCUGGAGGCUGGCUUGGAAACCAGUAGGUGCAAUGCCCGAGGCUGCCGAACGAGGAGCCCGUCUCUUUGUGACCUGGAGCAGUCAGAGUGGCCCUCAGCCACCACUGCCCCCGCACCAUUCCUCACUAGGGAAAAGAAUCCAUUUCUAUGGAAGCUCUAAUGUAACUUCAGUGUUUUCUAUAACACUCCACACCCUGUCCCAUUAAAAAAAAAAAAAAAAAAAGUUGUUUUGUUAAGAAAUAGCCUAAUGGCUCCAGCUUUGCUUAUCUGUUCUUCCAAAUGUUUAUAAUAUACAUUAUUUAUAAAUAUGUGUGUUUGGGGAGCUAAGAACAAGCUAGUUUUUACAAUACAAGUGGAAAUAAAUGCAAUUAUUAUAAACAUGCAAGUAUUUCCCUGUUAUAUAUUCUGUUAUGAAGUAGACAGGCAAGAUAGAGAACAUAAGGUAUAAAAUGCUGCCCAAGGCCCCGCAGGUGCCACUGACCUGCUCCCCAUCCUCUUCCACUUCUGACCACCAUGGAAGUCCUUGUGCUUCUAGAUGCUCCAGUGGGGAACAUUGCCUCCUAGACAGCUGGUAAGAGAAAAGCUGGGAAAACCAUUGAGAGCAAGAUUUUGGAUCCUGAAAACUCCAGAUCUUACCAGGAUUCUUACUGGGAAUGAAACGAAGGUUUUGGGGAUGAAGCAGGAGCCCGGUGACACCUCUGUCCUUCCCUGAAGUUGUCACCCUUCCUUCCCUCCUCCCGCUGCCAUACAUACGGUCCUCUCUGAAAUGCCUUUCUUUUACCCAUCUGCUGCAAACUGUUUAAAAUUCCACCCUGGGGUUCUCUCCUGACACCAUGUCCUCUCUGCCUUCUUUCAGUAUGAACUAGAGACCUCACAUCAGCACGCACUGCAUUAGACCUGUGCCCUCCUGCCCACACAAGGGCCUGACAACACUGUCACUGUCAAGCAUGGAAGCUCGGGAACCCAGCUGCCUGGUUUCCAGUCUUGGCUGCUGCUCCCUGGAAUGUGGCCUUAGGCAAGGGUGUCAGUCUGGGUCCAACUAGCAGAGAGAAACCAUACAGUCAUUUGAAUGGAAACGUUUAAUAUAUUUAAUCAUUAAUCUUAAUAGCAGAUUAGAGUAGCAAAAGGUUGGCUAGUAAGGAGUAAAGAUAACCCUGAAGAAUAUAGGUGAGUACAGCAGAUACAAGGAGUCCUAGAAAGAGUGUCCCUCCUAGCCCUGGGCUGAGAGGGAACCGUAAUGGCUCGGCAGGUGAUGGAGAAGGUUUUAUGGUGGCGUGCCAAUGGAACUUGUUGAAAAUCUAAAAGUCUCUCUGGAACUUGCCAGAGAUCUGCCCUCUAGGAUGCACAGGGAGCUAUCUCCUCAGAGGCACUGCUACAACACCACCUCAGGGAGGGGGCUGGGGAAGCAACUGGCCCUGAGUGUUGCUGGCCACAUGCCACCUGUAGGGCUUGGCGCUGGAGCUGGCUGAGCAAAUGCACUAUCUCUGGGAAGCCGCACCAUUUUCUCCUGCAGUUUCUCUCUAGCAUGCUCUGCUGACAAAGCUUACCAUUGUGUCAGCUGGCUAAGGGAAAAUAUUUAAAGGGCCUGGUUCCAUUUUAACAGAGCAGGCAAAAAGGGUGAAUUUGGAGGUGAGAGGGAAUAGAAUCAGUAUCUGGCACAGCAAGUUAUUUAACCUUGCCUUUGUUUCCUCAGCCACAAAAUGCAGACAAUUAUAGUGCUCCCUUCAUAUGGUUGUUAUGGGAACUGAAUAAGUCAGUGAGUGUUGAAUGCUUGGAAGAAUCGCUAGCCAAAGGAAACACGUCAUGACUGUUUUCUAUUCUAAGUAGAGGCGGAAGUUAGGACUGUCUUGGGAAACCUAAGAGCACAGGGGCUGUGAGUUGGUCCUCCUGUAAUCCCUCAGCUUUGUAAGACCAUUAAACUCAUGGGUACUGCUACAACAAAAAUCAGCCAAUAUAAAUAGGGCGCUUCGUAAAUUCCUUCCUCUCAUGUUCUCGUUCUCAGAAACCAUUUUAGCAAGGUAACAGGCUUACCUUCAGGUUAAUUUCCGCUUUCUUGAACUCAUUAAGUCUCUUCCGGGAUGUUACACUGAAUUUCUAUUUAUACUUUAAGUGAUUUCUUAAAAAACAUUUAAAUUAUAUAUAUGAUACUGGGUAAGGACAGUCUUUCCAGAUAAAGAUCCUGCACAUGGCUAGAUACGGUGGCUUAUGCCUGUAAUCUCAGCACUUUGGGAGGCCAGGAUGGAAGGAUCACUUGAGCCCAGGAGUUCAAGACCAGCCUGGAUAACAUGGUGAAACCCUGUCUCUACAAGAAAUACAAAAAUUAGCCAGGCUGAUGUUUUAAUUUUUUGAAGAGACAGGGUCUCCCUACAUUGCCCAGGCUGGUUUCAAACUCCCUGCAUAGCUCUUCUUAUUUUUCAACAUCCUCAGAGAGUUCCCAAAGCUUUUCCCAAUCAAUCAUUUAAACUCAGGGCCCAACCACUUCUAGACUGUUCUAUGACACUUUUCAGGAAGUGGAUUUACGUUGUUUGACAUUUAAAGAGAGAAUGGAAUGCCUGUUGGAGCCAACCUUCAAAAAUGCCCACAAAGAGCCUCAUCCCCUUUGCAAAUCCAGUGCCCAAUCUUAAACUCUAAAGAAUAAAUAAACAUCAGUUUGAGAGGAAAUGCCACGGAGUCAGGUACUUCUGAGAACAGGUCUUAACUAAGGGGCUAGAAUGGAGAAUUAGGGGAGGAAUAUGACAGCUGGUGUGAGCUGAUCUUUCUCUGGGCAGCUAGCUCAGGACAAAGCUGGAAACUAAUGUUUGGGUGUCUGUUGAACUAAUUUUUUUUUUUGGCUUGUUAUUGUUAAAGUUGUCGUUCAAUGCUGAGGAAGGAAUUUCAGAUAGCCAGCAUUUCUUUUUUAUUAUGAAAGAUGUUAGCAGAGAUAUAAUGUAAUUAUAUUGUAAUUCAUAUGAAAGGAAACCCCUGAAGAAUCGUAACUGCUGUCCUUUAUAUUUCUCUCAGGAGCUGGUUACCCAUUUUCUGAAUUCUGUUGUUAAAAUCAGACUUCAGGGAAUACUUUGAGGAUUUGGAAAAUUCUAAAUAGAAUUUGCCAUUGUAACUUCAAUCAUUAAAUUCUGUUCUGGAAUAGAUUUAUUUACAUCUGAGUCCGUUUCAGUUCUGGCCCAAAACAAUUCUUCAGUGACACAGCUGGCGGCAAGGGGUAAAGACGGUUAGAGGAUAUUCAUGAGCUUAGACUAAGAAGCAUCUGAAAUAAUGUGAGGUGUCCAGGUGGUGACAGCACCAGGCCAUCUCACUGUGGUCUCCAUGACUUCAUGUCGAAGGAGCAGUUUCUAUUUUGGUUGUUUUCUCUGCCAGCCGGUAAUGGAAUAAUGGAAAAACAAUUGCCUUGGUUUCGUUAGCCAGUGUCUAGUGCCAACCAAACUUCCUGGAAGUUUGUGUGCUCCCCGAGUGAGUCAGCAAAUGCUUGCUCCGUUGUAACAGGGCUCUUUGAAGGAGCUAUUUGUGAAACAGCCAGUUGUGGGAGAGCUGUUGAGACUCUGAUGCCUUAAGUUCUCCCAUUUCAACACUUGGUGUAAAAACUGCAGGCAAUGGGCCUGGUCUCUGACUGCAUCAAAUGACCAAUGGUCUGAGUAUGAGGGACAUCCGAGGCAGAACAAGAGAAGAGGAAGUGGGGCGGGGUGGCUACCCAACAGGAGGUAUCUGACGGUUGGUACGUGAGAGCUCUGGGUUUAGGAAAUACAAGAAAAACGAUCCACUGUGGGUCUGUGUGAGAGCGUCUGCAUGAGCAUUAAAAGCAAAGGAAAUACUCUGUUUGGUGAUUAAAAUGAGCUCAUUAGCAGAGGGGUCUACAUUAUAGAGUCCACUGUAUAUGUGCUUUUAUCAACACUUGAUAAUUACCCACAAAUGUUUAGCUCUAAUAGAAACCUUUUGGACGUGGCUGUUGGUGGCUGGGGCAGCCCAUACCUGGGACUGAAUGGCUUUGGAAAUCUCCCCAGCCUUCUCCUGAGCGUCCCACACUGAUGAAACAUUUCCCCACUCAGGCAGGAGGGCAGGCUACCUGGAAGACCCUUGCUACUCCAUCAGACUGCCCCUGUCUCCCCACAGUCACUGCUUGGGUGUGGGGGACUCCUUUGCUCACACAGAUGUUUCAGCCACAUGGAAUGGAGCCACGACUCUGGUGUGUCACUUCUGAAAUUCGAGGAUUUUUUUUCAAGUCAUGUCAAUUGCCUCAGGCACUGUUUAGAUCCUAAGAUCCCCCCAACAGAUGGUCUUAGGUAAUUGCCUGGAGUGUGUGUUGGGCAGGGGUGUUGAAAUCCUUCUAUUUUUUUUCCUUCUCUGAGGUUUUCCCAUACACAUUCUGGAUGCUGCCAUGACCUGCCACGGUGCGGGCGGCAACAUGAUGUCAACCCGUGGCCCUUCUCUCAGAUCUUUUUGCAUCAGGAGCUUGAAGAAUGGAGAGGGGAGGAAGAGACCGGACUUGCCUCUAGAAUCUUAAAAAAAUGCCCGGUUAUUCUUAUUAAAGCUUCAAAGGAAAGAAAAGGCAGCUUAUGAUCUGAAUUGCCACUGAGGAAAAAAUAAAUGAAUGUCUUUAAAUCAUUUUUAUUAAAUAGCACCAAGAGCGAAUGGCAUUGGAAAAAGUGUCCUUUUGAUGACUUUCAGAGCAUUCUUCCUCUGUUUAAACAUCUCUACUUCCCUGAUGUGCCUGAAAUGGUACAACAGCUGUAACUAACAUCAGGGAAAAGAUAUUACGACUGUCACCCGUGCUAACUCCAUAGGCCGGGUAAUAUCCUCUCAUCAAAGCCAGUGGGGCUGCCUGCUUUACCUGCCCAGUGAUGUCAGUGAGAGGGAAAUUAUAAAUCUUUUCACAGCUGCCAAUUUAUAAAGAAAUAAACUCACACUUUUGUGUUUUAUCCGCUAUGGUUCCUCUUGACCGAUGUUAUCACGUGGAUACCAAGGAGUUAGUGAUGACAGCCCGCUUACCGGGUACACGUUGCCAAAUAUGUGCUUAACAUUAAAAGCUACUGAGUACAUAGACAGAGGUUUUGUGUUUGUUUUUGUCUAAAAAUAUGCCCAAAGGCGAGUAAAGCCAGAUUUAAUUAUUAUAUGCUGACAUAGUUAAAAUACCUGGUCUUGUUCUCUCAGCUGACAUGUUUGUUAAAUCAAAAUGACAGAAUAAUUCAGAAUAUUUGUCUGUUAUUGGUUCUUUUUUCUUUUAUUUGGUAGCGUGUAACAUUGCAUCGAGAGACUGAGCCUAGCGCUUUACAAUGGAAAACAAGUGCCUUUUCAUGGAUUGAACUGCGGUGUGUGGACACCGGUGUUUCUAGAAGGCAGCAUUGAUUCAGAUGGUGAUGCGUGUUUCCAUGGAAGCAUUUUUUCCUGAUGGGGUGUUUCAACCCUAAUUACCAAUUAGCAGUUGAUUAAUAUUCCCCCUCCACCCACGCCUUCAGCUCAGGAAGCGUUUUCUGAUCGGUUGCUGAACAAUCUCUAAACAGAGACAAGAACCUGAGCAGAAAACUGCUGAAACCAGGGCACAUUCUGAACAUUUCCCAAAAUAAUGGCUUACGUUUGUUUUUUCCUAAGCACUAACCAAGUGACACUCACCUGUCAUGGACUUUGUGUGUUCCUGCUGGAUCACAGCAGCCUCAACUCAAGCAAAUCAAUCGUUACCUCUUCAUAUCCCAUUCCUGACCUGGCCCUUUUAGGAGCUUCCACCCUACUGCUAACUGGGGACAGCAAAUUAGCAUCUUGUCUCAUCGGAAUCCUUUUGUAAGUGCUGUCAAUGGCUAAAGCAGCCCACACGUGGGACUGAAUCGCUUUGGAAAUAGCACCCCCUCCCCAAGCCUUCUCCUGAAUCAAACAGUUCCAUUUCAUGUACAUGUCCCAUCAGUUUGAAGUGAAGCCCUGCUGAGGCUCACACUUGGCCUUUCCAAGUUCUGCCACUACCACCUCCUUCUCAAGCUUGUGGCUAGCUCCUGGGGAGGGGAUGCAUGGGACAGAGUCUCAGCUCUGUGUCCAGGUCCUUGGGUAGCAAUGGAACUGCUAUGGACUGCAUGUUUAUAUGUUGAAGCUCUAAUCCCCAGUGUGACUGCCUGUAUUUGGAGAUGGGGCCUCUAAAUAAAGUAAUUAAGGUUAAAUGAAGUGAUGAGGGUGGGGCCCUGAUCUGAUAGAAUUAGUGUCCUUAUAAGAAAAGACUCCAAGGAGCCUUCUCUGUCUCUGCCUCUGUCUCUGUCUCUGUCUCUGUCUCUCUCUCAGAGCACACAAGGAAGAGGCCCUGUGAGAUGCCAGAGCGCACACAGUGAGACGAUAGCAGCCUAUAAGCCAAGAGAAGAGACCUCAGAAUGAAACCUACUCUUCCAGCGCCUUCAUCUUGGACAUCUUGGUCUCCAGAACUGUGAGAAAUCCAUUUCUGUUGUUUGAGCCAUCUAGUUGGUGGUAUUUUGUCAUGGUACCCCAAGUCGACUAACAUGGGACCCUUGCUAUUCUCAGUGGUGACAGGGUCCCUUGCCCAAUCUACUGGCAUCUUUAGACUGCUACUCAAGUCUACAGCAGGGGAACUCUCAGCUUGCUGACUGUGCUCCACCUUUGCAUUCACAAGGACUAUGUGUCCCCCUGAGGUCAGCCAUGACUCCCAUGAACUCAAGGCUCUGUCAUGUAGUUUGCAGCCCCAGGCUGGAGGAGGACUCUGCUGAUGCUGGCACAAUGCUGGGUAAGUUAGGCAACCAGUACCAUCAGCUACCUUCCCCAUCUACCCCUGCAGUGUACAGGAGCUACCCGAUACCUUCCUGCACGUGCUAUGGAAGGAGAUGGAAACCUGCUGGAGAACCAAGCUGGUGGAGGUGGAUAUCUCCCCAGGUUAUAUCCUGAAUUCUCUCUGCCCUGGGCAUAUUGGGCCUCUGGGACCUAGGCCCAUAGGCAUAGCUCUUGAUAUGCUCAUGGAAUUCCAGAAAAUUACUCCCCACUCCCCUACAAGGCCUGUUUUUCAAGACGACUGUGUCAUGAAAGAUGUCAAGAGAGUAGGUUUUAGGGCUCAAUGGCCCCUUUUUUUAUUUUGUGAGAUUUCUCCAUUACUUUCUUUUCUAAGGGAAAAAGUCUCCUGGCUAAUGAACAGCUGUUCCCAAUGCAUUUAAGACUCAUGGCCAAUCUAUACUAAUUAUUCUCAGGAGAGCCCUGGGAGCUGGGCAGUAGGUAGACUCCGGACUGACUUCCUUUUAAUAGGGGCCAGAGGUUCGUGGGUGUUAGUCAUCGUUUUCAGUCAGAUGCAACUGGAAUAUGAUGAAAUCAGAAUCACUAGUUACCAUCCCCUAAGUAUCAUCUUGAAGACAGACUAACAUAUCUCUGUACAGGUCAGCUCACCCAGACAGCUUCCUCCAGCUCUGAAACAGAUUGACUGAGCACCAGAUGAAGCUGGUGUGGAUGGGAGAUGUGAUGUCUAAGAGGUAUUUCCUUUAAAAUAUUAGACUUCCUCGGCAUGAGGAGGUGGCCAUGCUUUGAGAAGCAAGGGAACCAUACGUAGGUUUACAUCUCCCAUCUGGUUCUGCCUCCAGGGCAGAGGCUGGAGUGGAAUGAUGAGCAGUCAUUCAACUGCUGGUGAAAUUGUCCCCUCUCUUCCUCCCCGAGCUCAUCUCUGAAUUAAGAGAAGCACAUGUGAAGUGCUUCCCUGAAUAGUCCCCAUUGUACGUGAGGAGAUGGAGUAAGCCAGAGAACACGUGUAACUCACACGGGGUAUUUCAUGUUGGUGGGUUGGGACCGAGCUUUCAACCACGUGUGUUUCCCUCCUGAACUCUGAGCUCUUAUGUAGACAUCAUGCUGCAGAUGGUGUACAUAUGUCUAAGAAUUAAAGAUACAUAUUUUCAGGUUUCACUAAAAUGUUCAGUAAUUUUACUGACCCCAAAAGCCUUACAUUAUAGAAUAGGACCCCUCAAAGCUUUAGGGAAAUAAAAUUUAAAAAUAUUUGCCUUGGAAAGUUGCAUCUUUAGCAGAAUAAGGAAGAAUUAACGUGGUGUUAUCAUGAUGUAGGUUUAUUAUGAUGUGGGAAUCGUGGAGGGUGUGAUGUUUCAACUAAACUGAAAGCACCCAGAGGGCGGGGGUAUGUCGUGAUUCUUCUCCCUAGAAACUGGUACCUCCGGGUAUCAGGACAUUCUCCUCACUCCAGUGUCACCAGCCAUCAGGGCUUGGUUUUUCCCUUACAUCACCCGCUGUUUCUCACCCUCUUCCCUCUGUGUCUCACUCCAUCUAGAAAAGCAAACAUUGCUUGAGUUCUCUCCUCAAAGUCAAAGGUAAUGGGACAGGCAGACCCUUUUCAAAUUCUGAGCAGAAAUUGCUGCUACAUUUGAAUCUGAUUCUGAGAGGUGAGAAAGUUUUCUUUUCUUCCUCAACUUGUAUUUUAAGUUCAGGGUUACACGUGCAGGAUGCGUAGGUUUGUUACAUAGAAAAACGUGUGCCAUGGUGGUUUGCUGCAUAGAUCAUCCCAUCACCUAGGUAUUAAGCCCAGCAUCCAUUAGCUAUUCUUUCUGAUGCUCUUUCUCCUCCAGCCUCAGUGGUUCUUCAACCCAUGGUCCAUGUGUUCUCAUCAUUCAGCCCCACUUAUAAGUGAGAACCUGUGAUAUUUGGUUUUCUGUCUCUGCAUUAGUUUGCUGAGGAUAAUGGCUUCCAGCUCCAUCCACAUCUCUGCAAAGGACAUAAUCUAGUUCCUUUUUAUGGCUGCAUAGUAUUCCAUGGUGUAUAUGUACCACAUUUUCUUUAUCUGGUCUAUCAUUGAUGGGCAUUUGGGUUGAUUCCAUGUCUUUGCUACUGUGAAUAGUGCUGUAAUGAACAUACACAUGCAUAUAUCUUUAUAAUGGAAUGAUUUACAUUCCUUUGGGUAUAUACCCAUUAAUGAGAUUGCUGGGUCAAAUGGUGUUUCUGCCUCUAUGUCUUUAAGGAAUUGCUAUACCAUCUUCCACAAUGGUCAAACUAAUUUACACUCCCAAUGGUGUAAAAGUGUUUCUUUUUCUCUACAAUCUCACCAGCAUCUGUUGUUUUUGACUUUUAAUUAAUAGCCAUUCUCACUGGUGUGAGAUGGUAUCUCAUUGCGGUUUUGAUUUGCAUUUCUCUAAUGAUCAGUGAUGUUGAGCUUUUUUACAUGUUUCUUGGCCUCAUGUAUAUCUUCUUUUGUGAAGUGUCUGUUCACAUCCUUUGCCCACUUUUUAAUAGGGUCGCUUGUUUUUUUCUUGUAAAUUUGUCUAAGUACCUUGUAGAUGCUGGAUAUUAGUCCUUUGUCAGAUGGAUAGGUUGCAAAAAUGAGAAAGGCUUCUUUUUUUUUUCUUUAGACAGAGUCUUGCUCUGUUGCCAGGCUGGAAUACAGUGAUACGAUCUCAGCUCACUGCAACCUCUGCCUCUCAUUUCAACUGAUUCCCCUGCCUCAGCCUCCCAAGCAGCUGGGACUACAGGCAUGCACCACUAUGCCCAGCUAAUUUUUUGUAUUUUAGUAGAGAUGGGAUUUCACCAUGUUGGCCAAGUUGGUCUCAGUCUCUGGACCUUGUGAUCCAUCUGCCUUGGCCUCCCAAAGUGCUGGGAUUACAGGUGUGAGCUGCUGCGCCCAGCUGAGAGAGGCUUCUAAUACACACCUACAGAUCAGUGCCAGUCACUUGCCCCAGGCCAUGAUUCUUCAUCGGUGCUAAGAUGUUCUUUUAGUGGAUAUCUCAGCAUUAAUGUAUUCAGGUCUGUGAGGGACACGAGUAGUGGUUAAGCAAAAGAAGAGGUCCUGACAGCAACAACCUGGGCCAGAAAGCAGAAACAGCUUCCUGAAUUCUGAACCUUCCUGGUUUCAUCAGCAGAGGUGCUUUACACAUGAUAAAAACUGGGCAAGGUGCUGGCAAAUAUACGUCACAACUGCCCUGUGAUACAAAGAAGUGAGAUUCAAAGUUUAUAACUUUCUCAUCCUUCUGUAGAAUACAUGCAUUUCCCUAAACACAUAUAUUAUUAAUAGCCCAUAAAAUAUUAACUCCAUCUAAAAGUACAUUAUUAACAACAUAAUGAGUGCAAUACACACAUCGGUUUUCUCUAGACACUUUAUUUAGAAACCCCAAGCUCUUUUGAUGCUGGUGGAAAGAGACAAUGCUAGAAAUGUUGAUUUGUAACAAUCAAGAAAGUUCACGAUCUUUUGGUCGAGGAGUCAACACAGACUCCAUAGUUUGGUCCAAAAAGCAAGAUUUCAAAUCAAAGACUGCUCCCCAAAGUUGAGAAAACACAGAGGGACUGUGGAAGCAGCACGUCUUUAGAGAUGCAUUAUGUGCUGUUUUGCUUGAUUUUGUUUGUGGGCGCUUUCUAAAGUGGGAUUUAAAGGCCAGGGACCAUAAUUAGGCCUACCACAAAUGAUGUCAUUGUCGUCCUUAAUGUAUUUCCUUAAAGACAUCAUAACAAGGUUCACAGUGACAGUUUACUCAUUGCUGCGAGCUUGUAGGCACCACUUUCUGCUGUAAAACAAUGCUCUGGCUUUGCUCUUUGAAGACAAGACCUGAAAAAUCAGUGCUAUGUAUUUUCAUAAACCAUCAGUAUUAGAAGAUGCACAUCAUAAUUCAAAUCUCUGAAGAGGAAGAAGGAAGAUGUUGACUUCAAUCUUCAUUUAGUCGUUAUGGGACUUCCAGACCUGGAAAAAGCUCAUCCCUACAGUGGCUGAAAGAUACUGUCCUGGGAGGGGCAGCUUUCACAUAUGGUUUGAAUUCAGUUAGCCAGCUCCUCUGAGAGCCACUAGAGUACCAUUUAGGACAUUGCUUCUUGAAUUCUCAUUUGCAGCCUUGCAAAUAAUUUUCAAAGGUCGUUAGACCAUAAGGAGUUUUCAUUACCCUUCAUUCAAGUCAACAGCAAACACUUACUGAUCGAGCGCCCACUUGGUGCCCUCUGCUAGGCACCGCCAGCUACAUCCAGAAAGGGGUGCAGUGUAAAAAAUUAACAUGACUAGAAGCAGCAGCAUAUGGGAGGUAAAAUCUUUCCAAGAAGAGCAGUGGAAGAAACAUUUCCACAAAUGGUAAGCUGUAAGUCAAUUUUUAAAAAAUGAAGAAAAGACAAAUUUGAUUAUACAAAAAUGAGGAAACUGCUUGCUACGGUCUGAAUGUGUUUCCCCCAAAUUCAUAUGUUGAAACUUAAUCACCAGUGUGAGAGUAUGAGGAGGUAGGGCCUUUAGGAGGUGGUUAAGUCUCUGCCUUCAUGAAUGGGAUUGGCGCCCUUAUAAAAGAGGUGCGAGGAAGCUGUUCAUCAAUCCACCACAUGAGGAUACGUCCAGAGGGGCCAUCUGUGAAGCAGAGAGUGCCCUCACCAGGCACUGAACCAGACACUGCACCUAAAUCGGCCUUGACUUUGGACUUCACACCCUUCAGAACUAUAGAGCAAUAAAUUUCUGUUUUUUUAUAAAU